GUUAUGAAUCGUGAGCCGCAGUUUCACUACAGUGCAGGUCCCUGGCUCAGGUGUGUGAGCAUCCACAGUAGUAGGGGGGUUUCUGGUUGGUACAAACAAGCGGACCGGCACGGCAUCGCUUCCCUGCGAUCACGCCUGUGCGCACUGGCUUAAGGAAAAACAAGCUGGGCGUUUUGUUUUGUAUAUAAGUGGGUGGCUGCUUGGCUGGCUUGUCCUGCAGUAGUGGCUAGAAGGAGCAACAGCAGAAGCAGUCACCGAGUAGUGAUACAGAACCGACCACGACCCGCGUUCCAUUCAGAGCUUAAUUGUUUUGUUUCGUAGUUUUGUGUGAUUUAUUCGUUUUCCUGUGCGCGCGCGCAUGUGUGUGUGACUCGAGAUUGCAUGCGCAGAAGCGGACGCAAGGCAUAUUCUCCAGGAACAUAUCCAGUCCCCGCAGAACAGCAGCAGGAGCAGAAUGACGGAAAAGGAAACAGGGGCGACGAAGAAGCAGGAUCCCGUGCCCGCCAGUCCGGUGCCGGUGCCACGCGCUAGGCCAUCCCUGGCAAAAGCACCCAUUACGGUGGAGUUGGAAUCACGGUUCGAGGGUGACUACGUCAACACACAGAUGGCAUCGCAUGACCCGGCUAGUUUGACGACCGUAGUACCACGACCGAUACCGGCACCGCGCACUACUCGACCGCGGGUACUCCUUGCUGGCACCGACGACGGUGCCGAGCGGCAACAGGACGGUGACGGUGAUGGUGAUGAUGAUGAUGGCCGUUAUCAGAACGUCAUCGUUCGGCGGAUAGAGGAACCGGCUCCCGUGGGUGAUCACCGGAUGGCAGUCUACUUGGAUCCCUUCCCACCAUCCUCUCCGGUCGGUAGGUUGCCGGGUAAGCUCUGCAACAACCUGCACGAUCACGGUGCACCCGACUCGGACGGUGUGUCCGUUGGUAGCGCCGACAGUGCCAGUGUGCGAGGCAGUACCGGUAGUAGCAAGUAUAAGACAAACUCUCCCGGCGAUCUGUUUAAAACGAUCGGCACCACCUCCCGACUCCUCACCGAAUCGAUCGGUGAGCGGGUGGCGCACAAGUCGCGCAAGGUGGCCAACAAUGUGCUCCACACGGGCACGAGCCUGGUGAGCUGGAGCCAGGAGACGGGUCGUACGGCGGCCGACAAGCUAAAGAGCGUUGGUCGGAGCCGGAACAUCAAUGCGGCCAAUCGUGAGCCAGUGACCCCGGAAACGGUUGUCCAGGAAGGUAAAGGGGAACCGAGCCCCCUGGUAUUGGAGCGAGCAAUACCGGAAACGCUGCAGAGCAUCCAAUUCCUCAGCCCGCUGCUCAACAAUCAGACCAGCAACAGCGCCACGACCACGAUGGAGACUACCGACGGCGACGGGGCGACGUACGAUGUGCCGCGGUGCCGCGGUAACAAGCUGACAAACCUGCAGAUCGUCGAACCGCCCCGAUCCUCGAUUGUACAUGACAGUAACCUCAGCCUGGACGACGCACCGUCAUCAGUGAGCUCCACCACAGAUCAGCCGCCAUCGGUGCGAUCAUCCAGCUACUUCCAGCGCAACGCACCCGCCAGCCAGAGCCUGUACAACCGCGUCUUGCCGAAGCGCAACCGCCAGCCGCCAGCGAUGCCAGCACCGGGCGUACUGAGGCGACAGAAGCAAAACAAAAGCGAAUCCAACCUGUACGAGUCGACGUUCUACGUCGACUGCUCACCUGACGACGCUGCGGGCGAGCCGCAUCUGUACGGGAAGCUAAACGUGCUGCCAAGGCUCUCGAGUAGUAGCAGCAGCAGCAGCAACAACAACAGUUCCUGCUCACUCAAUGCUUCCGAGGACGAUUACACGCUGCCGGAGCUGCGUAAGGCACCCCCGGGUAGUGCACGCCGUGCACGACAAAUCUUCUCACGGCAAACAUCGACCAUUGGUGAACUGGAGCUUGCGAAGAACCAGCUUGCACCUUUCCGGCACGAGGAUCCACCCAGGUCAAAUCACCGGUCCGAUUCGUGGAACUUUUACGAUAUCACGGUAUAUGGUGCAUCGGCGGCAGCUGCUGAUUCCAGCAACAAUAGCAGCAGCAGAAGCAGUCCACUGUACGGCCAUGUGUCGGAGAUGCAGUCGACGCUGUUGAUGCCGGUUAAUAUGGCCAGUGCAGCAACCAUGAGCAGCAGCAAGAGCAUUCUAGGACGCCACGACUACGAUGAGGUGUCCAUCGCGGACAUCAUCGACGAGUUCGAUCCACUCACGGUUGCUGGUGACCGUGAUUGCGGUGACAUUGGUCGGCUGUCGCUCAUUGAGGACCUGCUGAGCGCUGAAUCGUACGCGGAAAACCCUGUCCCGUCCCGGCGAGUAGGGUUGACUGGCGACGCUGGGAACGUUGACGGAGACCCGCAGAUCGGUGUCUGCCCGAAUCCACCGGAGCGUUCCGAUUCGCUGCUCGUUAGUGCUGCUGCCAGCACCGAUGCGCCCACGAAAUUGGUCCCGGCUAAACCGAAACGAACCAAGCAUCGCUCAUCGGUUGCGCUGGCCCGAACGGCUCCUGAACUAGAGCCACCAGCGACGCGCCCGGUUACACAGAUCGUGCACCAGAAUCUGAACCUACCGACCGACAGUAUGGAGAAUCUCGAGGUCGAUGAGAACGUAAUACGGCCGCACCUAGCGAUGCUGGACGAGGAAGGUGAUCUAGCAACCGGGCAAGCGGACCUGAGCUAUCCUCGCCGCGUGCAGACGCAGCAGCAGCCGCAGACGAAUUGGUAUGUGAGCGAGACCGGCUGCUUCGAGAAGCUGAGCAACGUGAAUCCGGUUAAUGUUGCCGGUUCGGCAGUGGAGAAAGCUACGAAGCAAUCGUUGCCACCGGAACUAACCAGCACGGAGCAGCAGCAGGAACGGCCUCCCACGGAGCUGCCUUCCUACUACGAAGCCAUCGGUGGUACGAACCCGGUGUUCGAGCAUGGACUGGCAGCGGCCCAGUCCUCAUCUCAAGUCAAGCCAGCUGCCCUUCCCCUGGCGUCGAAACCAACGACCAGCGUCGCAUCGAAACUGCUGAACGCGUUGAAGCGCCGCCCGAGUCUGAACCGCGGCAUGGCCACCGGAACGGAGGUGCGCACCAUGCUAGAGAUGGUGCCGAAGCCGCGGCUCACCGAGCGCUUGAUCACGUACAAGGGCCACGUGCUCAAGUUUCCGUCCGGCAAGAUUAGCGACGUGCUGAACGAGCUGGCGCCGCGCUCGAUCGUACUGCGUGAGCGCAUCUUCCAGACGUUUCUCGAUCCGCAGCAAACGAUACCCAAGGAGACGCUCCAGCUGCGCUACAUUUUGGCACUGCAGUGCAUCCUACAGCACAAGUUUGCCGGCGAAGGCCGCCUGGAUUUGCACUGCUUCGAAGUUGUGCUGGCCCUGCCGAAGAGUGGUGGCGCUGCUGGCGGUGUCGGUGCGGCCGGUAACGCCGUCAUACCCAUGUCGACCAAUCCGGAUCUGCUGAUUACGAACGGUACGAGCGGGAACGUCAAGUCGAACCGUGCCUCGUACAUGUUCGGCACGCAUAAGCGUACCGACCGGAACCUAUGGAUGGCGAAGAUCCUCCAGUCGGUGACCGAUGUAUUUCCGGAGGAGCUGCUGCGCGAGUUCCUGCGGGCCGGCUGGUGCUACGUGAAGAAGUCAGUGACGGCCGAAUGGGCCGGUGCCUGGUUGUUGCUGGCCAAACGGCGGCUCCACCUGUUCAGCUAUGUCGACAGCCGGCUGGAACAGCUAGAUCUGCGCAAGGCACGCUGCAUCACGAUGAUCGAGAGCGAAACCGCUACGAUCCGGAAUCUGCACGUCGAAAUCGGACCAACGCUGCUGAUCGACUGUCCACCGUACGCCACGCUGUACUUCAUCAUGAGCUCGCCCCGUGAAACGCAGAUCUGGCGCAAGAUGAUCUGCCAGGGCGCGCACAAGAACGGACCGACGCUGCACGGUCAACAGUUAACACAGGCGGAUGUACCGGUGCUGAUCGAUAAGUGCAUCAACUUUAUCUACGCCCAUGGCUCCAUGUCGGAGGGCAUUUACCGGAAAUCGGGCUCGAUGACGGCGGUCACGCGCAUCCUGCAGCUGUUCGCGGAUGACGCGUUCGAUGUGCAGCUGACGCGUGCCGAGUACAGCGAGUACGAUGUGGCCGGUGCGCUGAAGAAGUUCAUCCGGGAGCUCCCGGGUUCGUUUUUCGGUUCGUACGCCGCCUCGUUCGUCGCGAUCGGCCAGCUGACAGAUGUGCAGGUGAAGGUGGAAUCGUAUCGGCAGCUGCUCCAGCGGUUGCCCCGCAUCGAGUACUGCACGCUCAGGAAGCUGCUCAGCCACCUGGCGUUCAUCGCGAGCCUGGAAGCACAGACCCGGAUGGGCGUACCGAACUUGGCGAUGAUCUGGGGCACCACACUGUUGGCGAACGCUAGCCAGAACACGGUGGAGGAGACGCACUCGUACCAUCAGGGGGACGCGCAGGUAGUGGCCGAUUUGAUACAGCUGUACCGGCGACUCUUCCCAGUGACCGAGGAUGAGCUGCGUAAGGAUCAGCUGAUGAUGACAGUGCUCCAAAAGUAUCACGCGGCCGCCGAGAACCUGUCCGAUGUGGUCAAGCACUCGGGCGAUCUCAAGGUUUGGAUCACGAUCGACUGCGACACACCGCUCGAGCAAGAAACGGCCAUUGUAGAGAAAGUUGGUCUUGAGGACAAACCACAGAUCAACGUGGACGUAACGCCGACCAAAACGGCGUCCGACGUGUGCAAGGAACUGGCCGGUAAGACGCAGCAUCCCUGGUACAAGCUCACGCUCUACGAGGUUGUCCUCAACGGUAGCCUCAUACGACCCAUCCACUACCGCGAGAACGUGCUGGAGGUCGUCGUGCGGUGGACGUACUGGGAUCAGGCGGACCGGAAAAACAACUAUCUAACGCUCAAACCGACGACCACGUUGAACGAUGUAUACCGAACGAUACAGAAGGCACCGGUGCUGACGCCAACGAUGGAGCUCCGGUUUGCCGAUCAGCGCACCAAAGCGUUCCGCAACUACCAGCUGCAGCUCGUCGGCAAGGGGCUCGUGGUGCUCAAGAAGAUCGAAAAAAAGGACCGGGGCUUCGAGGAGCUGCAAAAGAUCGAUCUGACGCGCGUGCUCGCCUACAUCGGUUGCGAACCGAAGCGUGACCGGUCCAGUCUGCGCUGGGCCAUCACGCUCAUUGAUGUCGAGUUUAAGAGCAGAUCACGCGACGAGCCGUUCAUCGGGCACAUCUUUGGUGGGCUCGACUUUGCCAGUCAGAUGCUCUGGUACGCAAGCAUACUAUAUAGCCACCAUAAGGACGACAUCCUGCCCAGCGGUGACCUGUUCUUCUGAUCUGCAUCCGUGUCUGUUGAAGGUCCUCGUCGAUUGUUUAUAUUUUUGUUUAAGUUGUAUACAUUUUAAAACCAUAGAACGACCAUAACCAUACCCUCAAACUUUAAGAGCAAAGCUAAAGGGAUACGGCAACUGUUCUCAUCUAAUUUCAUUAUUUCAAACUUUAUUUCUCGUUUCGUGACUUGCCACACGUCCCGGUACUGUGCCACUGUGCGUUCUAUAUAUAGGAACGAAACAAAAGUUAAAAGAAAAAAACUAGAGGAAACGAAGUGCGCUUGUGACACACAAACACGCUUCACCGGUGUAGUUUUUGCAACCGAGGAGGAUUUAGAUUCGGCUAGCGAAAAAAUCGUCUCUUUUUGCUUGUUUUGUGGGCUGAUUAUUGAGCAUUUUCUACAAUUGCUGGAUUUGAGAAGCUGUGCGGACCAAUACGGGGAUUGCAAACCAUUCUUAUUUUUGUAUUCCAGUAAAUAUUUAAACCUAGCUAACAGCCACCCCAUACACAUCCUGCCAGAUUUCCACUUAACAAGUAACCCAAGAACCAGGUGAAAGUGUAAGGGCGAGAGGGUGCUUGAGGAUUUUAAAUUGCCUCGAAAGAUGGUGUAUGAUCGAUCAAACAUACAGACGAUGAAACACAUUAGAUAUGUGAUAUGACUAAUUUCCAAACCUAAGUGCGAAUAUGAUUCGUUUAAAAGAGAGAGAGAGAGAGAGAGAGAGAGAGAGAGAGGGGUGGGGGGGGGAGGAAGAUAGAAGGCAAUAGAGUGCCUAUAGAUCGCGGGUUCUCUAGGAACCAAAAGUGAACAAAUUAGUAGGGUGAUAGAGUUCGCUACUAUCGACGCUGCUGCCGUGUUUUAUAAUAAAAAAUUAAGAUACACAUCACA